UAUAUAAUAUACCCUAAACCACAUAUGGGAAGAAGGUGAUACGCACCAUGGCAUUAUCAAUGAUUACAAUAACCCUUCUGAUUGAACAUAAUUAAUUCCUAUGUUUUCUAAGUCCUCCCUGCAAUUGAUUUCACAGGCAUGUAUAAGCUAACACAAGUAUGUAUAUAAUUGCAAAAAUGACGUGAAAAAAACUCAUAGACUAGUUCAAACAAAUCCAGGUAAGCCUGCUCUAGAUGAUAAUGUUUUGUUCGAACUAUAUGUAUACAUAAACACUACUUUCUGCUGCAGGCCUAAUCUGGUAACUGGGAAUCAUGGUUUUCAAUACAUAUGCACAUCUUGUAUCAUCUGUUUUCUUUAUUGUCUUGUUUGCUCAUGCAGAGGCAUAUGACCCUUUGGACCCUACUGGUAAUAUCACAAUCAAAUGGGAUGUCAUAUCUUGGACCGCAGAUGGUUAUGUGGCAACAGUGACAAUGACCAACUACCAGAUGUACCGGCACAUUAUGAGCCCUGGCUGGACCAUGGGAUGGGUAUGGGCUAAGAAAGAAGUGAUAUGGACCAUGCUGGGUGCAGAAGCCACAGAGCAAGGAGACUGUUCCAAGUAUAAGGGAAACAUCCCUUACUGUUGUGAGAAGAAACCCACCAUUGUGGACUUACUCCCAGGUGCCCCUUAUAACCAACAAGUUGCCAAUUGCUGUAAGGGUGGUGUUGUGCCAUCAUGGGGACAAGAUCCUUCAGCUGCUAUCUCAUCCUUUCAGCUCUCUGUUGGGAAUUCUGGUACAUCUAGUAAGACUGUGAAAUUGCCUAAGAAUUUCACUUUGAAUGGUCCAGGGCCAGGCUACACUUGCAGCCAACCGGUUACCGUGACACCCACACGUUUCCUCACUUCUGAUGGUCGUCGACAAACUCAAGCACUCAUGACAUGGAAUGUGGUAUGCACCUACUCACAGUUCCUAGCUUCUCCAAGCCCAACCUGUUGUGUCUCGAUGUCAUCUUUCUAUAACUCAACGAUAGUUACGUGUCCAACUUGUGCUUGUGGAUGCCAGAACAGAGAAAAUUGCAUCACUGACUCAAAGAUUCAGAGCAUUGUGGGAGAAAACACAACAACCAAUGGGCCAUUACUACAGUGCACACAGCACAUGUGCCCAAUAAGGGUGCAUUGGCAUGUGAAGCUAAACUAUGUUUCGUAUUGGCGUGUGAAGAUGAGCAUCACCAACUUCAACUACGGACUUAACUACACACAGUGGACCCUUGUUGUUCAGCAUCCAAAUCUCAACAAUGUCACUCAAGUUUUUAGCUUUAAUUACCAGCCGCUCAUGCCAUACAAAUCCACAAAUGACACUGGCAUGUUUUAUGGCUUAAAAUUCUACAAUGACCUGCUAAUGGAAGAUGGGCCAAAUGGUAAUGUCCAGUCAGAGAUGCUUCUUGAGAAAGACAUGAACACAUUCACUUGGGACAAUGGGUGGGCUUUCCCUAGGAAAGUCUACUUCAAUGGUGAUGAAUGUGUGAUGCCCCCUCCUGAUUCAUACCCUAUGCCACCCAACUCUGCUAAUGCUAAUCCCAUUGCAUCAUCAACAUUGUCUGCCUCUGUACUUCUAAUAUUGCUGGUGUUUUGGUGAUUAUUUGACAAACAGAAGAGGAAAUAUAAAGAGGCCUAGAGUAUUUUCAAGGACAAGUGCAAUUUUCGCCAACAGGUAUGUUCCCAUUUAUAGUUGUGCAAAGAAUAGAAAGGGAAGAGGUACUGUGUUGACUUAGAAGGGCAAUGUUCUAGCAACAUGUGAAAGUCUUUGUAUACUAUGAAAGACAGAUUUUGAAUCUCAACCAAUAAUAAUAAUAAUAAAUUUUUUUUAUGUGA